AUAUAAUUCCACCUUGUUUGUUUUUGUGAAUGAUUUUAUAUGUUGCCAAUAUUCUUUAUGCCAGUGUUUCCUAGUCUGGUCCUUGGGGACCCACAGAUGGUCCUUGUUUUUGCUCCCUCCGAGCUCCCUGCCAGUCAGUCCGCAUUUUUACGCUGGGAGGGAGCAAAAACGUGGACUGUCUUUUGGUUCCCAUGGACCGGACUGGGAAACACUGCUUUGUACCAUUGCGUUCAGUAAAUACACCUCUGCACAGUUAUUUGUGUGAUGGUUACUCUGCUUACAGGCAGGUAAGGAGUGUGAGCUGUGCCCUCAGGAGGAAUGCACGCCAGCUUCCUCCGUUACUGAACUGGGAUCAGCACCGGACAACCUUGGACUUGGCCCAGAUGAAGACAUGACCCCUCCAACAUUGUCAAUUACUGAGGAGAUCAUGCAGUUCAUCAACCAAAGCCAGGCUGGGGAAGGGAUGCUAGCUCAGCUGCUUAGUAAGGAACACACCGUCCCCGAGACCUUGGAAAUCACGGCUACUGCCCAAGAACAGGACACUUGUAUCACCAAGAAGGAUGAGGACCAACCUCUUUCCCCUGGGACUAGCAGCUGCCACCAAGACUCUGAUUAUAUUGGCAUGCAAGAUGAGAAGUCAGUGGAAGACAAUAAAACUGUCAUCACAAAAGGCCAAGCCCAUCCAUGUCAGGCUGGUACAAUGUCUGACGUGGAGGAAUCUAGAAAAGAAAGUUGCAUUCCGUCCCCAGCAAGUAUGCUGCAAGAGAUUAGCCAAGAGAACCGGACUCUGGUCUUCACGGAGAACUCCAUAGACCCUACUGAAUUAAAGGAUACGAACGACGUGCCUAGUCAAGAUAGUUUGGAGGAAUCACAAUCUGAAUGUACGUAUGGAUUUCAUGGUGCUGAAGCCUCCAGUCUUUCUAACAAUGACAAAGGACCCCAGACCACUGAGUCAAGCAAAAACUGCCUCCCCCGGCCUUUAACUACUGAGAAAAAUGAAUCUUCGCAGACAAAGAGCAACCGACAAAUCAUUGAGAAAAUCCGUAAUUACUAUGAGGCUGCAGAGAUCACAGAUAGCCAGAUACCCAGGAGAAACAGUAUUUCUCACAUUCCCAGUGGCAUGGUAAAGGAGUCAGUAUCCCGGUUAAAUGUUGUCAGUCAACAGGAAGACCUCUGUGAGUCAGUGACUGGACGCUCAGAUGUUGAUGACUCUGAACAUGAUCAUGUUUCUCCUCUUCCUGAAGAGAUCCUUAUCCCAGCCGACCUGCCAGCUGAUUGGACAGAUUUAGCUGAUGCUCAUACUGAAUCGUAUGCAUGUAGGGAGGUAUGUAGUGAAGUUCCUGAUACUGAGAGCCAUACUUGCUCUGAGCUGAUGAAAAUCUGGAAAGAAAAGGAGAAAAGAGAGUGCAGCGCACAUACAGAAAUGCAGAACCGACAAAAUAUUAAAAGGAAAAGUUCCACUGAGGAGGAAUGCUCCGUUGGCAUUUUUGCAAAAUGUAGGAAUAGUGUUUCAAGCAAGGAUGACAAAAUGGACCCUGAGGUUCUAACUGAGGGGGACGAUUCUGAGCAGAACCUGAAAGAGAUCACAAAACAGACUGUCCAGUCUGAAAGCGCCGUCCCAUGUACAAAUCUGGAGGGACUGUCCAGCCAGAUCAAAGUGAGCAAAUGCUCCAUACGUACCAAAGACAUUCUCAGCAAGAACCUCUACAAGGGGAGCCCUGAUGUGAUGGGAAUGGGUCUGUUUGAGGGUGGAGUGAAUCCCUGCUUGUCAGAGAAUUCGGAGAAAAUCCUUAGCAAAGUACAGAUGCUGGUCCGCAUGUACAGUGACAAGGCAGCCAGUAUUAAGAUGCCACUGCACAAGAGACUGCAGGAGGGCCGGGUGUCAGCGGAGGGAACAGGGAGCGCGUCCGAGCAGACGGACAAGACGGAAACAAAACUAGAAGACUGUCCAGUGCUUACAGAGCCCCUGAUGUACGGCCACGUCCUUGUUCGAGAGCAGCUGUCUUCCACGUACGUCCAGGAGAACAGCUGUAUUGUAACCAGCUCCAGAGAGAGCACUUCAGACCUGGAAGGAUCCUCCAUCUUACAUCCUGCUUCUCCACUCUCUCCAAAAUAUCAAAAAUCCCAAGACAGAACAGAUGCAGAGACAGUAACGACUGAGACAGGAGUCGUUUGUCACUUUCCUGGAGGAGUACACACAGAUUAUGGAUUGUGUCCAGGGAGUUCUUACUUGAAGGAAACCCAGCCUGAAACACAAAGCACAAACCCUGAGCAGGACAGCUCUGUACAAAUAAAUGCACCAUGUGACUAUGAGUCACCAACAGAUUCCAACAAAGAUACUGAUUUCAUAUCACCUGAAGAACAGGGGGGUGACCAUUCAGUGUUUUCCGAAAGGGAAAGCCUUUCUGUAACAGAAAAGCCCUUCAUCUUGCAAGACGGAACUACUGAAUCAAAAGUGCGACAGGUAGCAAUGGCAAUACAGAAAAACCUGGCACUGAAUGAAUGUAAAGAGUUACAGGAAGAAAUGAGAGAUGUGCCUUGCCAUUUUGAGGAAAAUCUUAGCUGGAAUUCGCAACAGGAGAGCUUUACAUGUUCACAAGACAUAUCUAUGGAGAAUUUAGAUGGCAAAAUAUUGGAUAGCAAAGAAAUGACAAUGACUUUAGAACAGGAGACAGAGAAAAGUGCCAAUGUUCCAGAAGAUUCAAGUGAUUGUGACAAGAAUCCUGAACAUCCCAAGACGGUGUUGCCCUUAUCUGCCCCUGAGGAUAAUGUGACUUUGCCCUCAGAACCUGGAAUAGAUAACAAAAAUUUAGAAAACUCUGUUUUGAUGAGAGGGCUUCCGAGCCAGAAUAGAAUAUAUGUUUCCUGCCCACUACAGAAGGUUUCCCUGGAAGGCAUCUCAACAGACGUUUUUUCUUCUUCAUGCAUCACAAAGGACAUAUCAGCUCCAGAACAGCCUAUCUCUAACAGUGUGGAAUCUUCUUUGAGGAAGGACCAGAUAACCAAAGAGCAAGCUACCACUCAGAGAAGGUCGCCCUUUUCAGAUCUUCCAAAGGUCUCAAGCAAAAGACCAGACUUGCCAGAUGAUAGUGAAACAAAGUGCAUUCCUUCAAAUCUGGAGGCACAAGCCAUGCAAUGCGUCAGUCAAAGGUUGCCUCCUGUCUCUCCUAGGCAUGAAGACUCUGUCAAGAAACAGGUACAAGCAAGUUCAGGAGAAUCCCGUCCAAAGUUACAUCCGCAUCUCUCCAAUGAUAGACCAUCUAACUUGCCUUCCACCGUAGGCGAUAAAAAGCCAUGUUGUAGUCCCAAGUGCUGCACUACCCCAGUAGAAAACCCUCAGCCCUCUUCGUGUUUCGUUAGUCCGAUGACUAAGUCGCAAGCAGCUUCCUGCAUAAGCCAAAGCCUUGCAAAAAGGAGCAAUAACACCCAAUCUUUAGCCAUGACUAGCGGCUUAAAUGCAAAAAGUUCCAUCUCUCCUACGUUGCCACAGUCCUCUAUAUCUCUGAGACUACGAUCUCCCUCACCAAAACUGAGUUUUAUAGUAGAUACUUCUCAAAAUAUAAGUCUUGGCAGUGCAUUGACCACAACCCAACAAACCAAGUGUGCUGCUGCCCAUUCCACUCCUUCCAGUGCCAGACAAUCUCCAACAAUGUCCCCACACCCCUGCCAUAAGCAGACACCGUCAUCUACUACCCCGGAGCAAUUAAAUCACCCAAACUGGAACAACAGCAACAAUAACAACAAUAGAAAUAGUUGGGGCAGUGAAUUUGGCAUUAGUAGGAAGACAUCUAUGUCAAGUCUGGGAAGGUCAUUAUUUUCUCCUGAUCACCUUCAAAAUACUUCCUAUAACAGAGUGGCCCGACCCUUUUCAUCUGCUUCCGAGCCUAGCUCUCGAGUGCAUUCUCCUUCUCCUUGCUCUUCCCUCUAUUGUACCCAACCUACCCAAGACUAUCCCUGUAUCCCGUCGAAAAAGCCUCCUCAUCUGAAGUCGCUUCGCAUAUCUGAGGCACAUACAUUUACUCUGCUGUGUGUCUCUUUGGAAUGUUCGACGCCGUCCUCCGGCUUUUCCUCACCAACAUCGGGAAGUCCUCGCAUCAUUUCCCCUCCCCCUAUAGGUGUUCCCAAACACAUGUGGGGUGCCGCUACUCCCCAGCCACAAAACCCCAUCGUCACCCCUUCCUACGUGGCGGGGGUCUCCCCUGUAAGUGACUCAAACGUACCCCAGACCCAAAGACAACCACACGCGGGCAGCAUUCCUUUCCUCAUCCUGGCAGACAGAGCUCCCGUCCCAGCACAAAACGGACACAGGUCAUGGACGGAGAGCAACCAUUAUUCUCAGAAUGUAGAACACAGUCCAGGUAUACAGAGACCCCAGGGAGCCCACAGCAACCCGCCAUCUGGUGUUUUAUCCCCUGUCAGACUCGCACCAACCAAAAUCAUCCAGGGAGGGCGACAUUUCACUAGCAUUGCCUGGCCUGACAUACGAGAACUACUGACCAAGUAUGAUGGUCCGGAAACCCCCAACAAAUGUGUUUCGCCCUCUCCUGGUCCCUCAAACGCUGAGUCACAUGGCAGUGACCACUACAAUAGCAGGAAUCAAAGUAGCCUUGUCAGCCCCACUGUGGCCUGUUCUCCUCCUGCCAUGGGUCAGGAUAUGUCUACUUCCAAUCCAGAGACUGAGCCAGAGAGCGCUUCUUGGACAAGGGUGGGCCGAGGAUCACUGAGGACCAGCUAUGCUACCACUGUCAACUUGCAGAUUGCUGGCAGUGGCCGCAUUACUGCGCUAAGCAACGCUCAAGUUAGCCUGACCCAGACACUUGUGCCUGUACCUGACAAUGGUCACAGGCACAAAAGUAUUAAUGGUUGCAGCCUUGCCCAGACCUGUAAGAGGCUCUAAGGUGUGCUGGAAUACAGGCAAUUUUUUACAAAUGUGCCUUACAUUCAGUCAGAACAGGUACUGCAUCCAAGAGGACAUUCAGACUGAACCCCAACCAAAAAUUAGUUAUUCGUCUUUGUUAUUUUGUUAACAACGUUUUAUACAUUUUUGCCCUCAUUUUUGUUUCGUCUCAAAGAAAUUCUAUGGCUUUGUUUAUCUAAGGCUUGGAUAUUUUCAUCCAAAAACAGCAAGAUCAUACUAUAGCUCUUAUUUAUGAGGUUGCUUUCGUUUUUUUUGUGUGUGUGUCUGGCACUUAACACUGACGCUUACAUUGCACUGUAAUGUCAUAAGGUGUGUGGAUGUAUCUGUGAAAUAGACAUUUAUUUCAGGGCAACCAAAUACCAGUGUUUUAGUGUAAUUGUCAAUUGCCUCAUCACUCUGCCAGUGGUGCUGACUAGAACUAUGUACAUUUCUUCUAAGUAGCUGAAAAACUUUUCAAGGGGAAUUUUACCAUUAUGGAUGUGUUGGAAUAAAACACAAAUGUCCACACCCAAACAUUUCAUAAGCAAGUAUACACAUCCUUUGGGUACAACAUGAUAAUUCAACUUUAAUAACUGGUAUAUUCUUCGUUACACAUUAUACAUCUCCUUCAAUUUCAAAAUAACUUUAUGCUUUCCAGGUGGCAAGAAAGCUGGUAGCAUAUACUUUACAUGGGAAUGAGGAGGUUCUGAUUUUAAUAGACCUGGAUUUUUAAUAGAUUUUAAUAAACCACUUAGUAGUGUGACUUUUCUAACAGUUGCCAUAAACCAUUGAAGAGGAAGCAGAAGGGCAGACAGGACAUUAAAAAAAAAAACUUUUUAUAUUGUGUUUUGUGCUUUCUAGGUCUUGCAGUAAUAAACCAAAAUUAAAGGCGUUACUGUGUACAUCAAUGACUACACUCUACAAUAAAGUAUAUUAAAUAGUGAAUUUGCAAACAGCA